AUGUCUGCGACGGAUCGAGAACCAGCUGAUGAGGCAACAAACGUAGAGGGGAAUAGGGCUCCGCCCGGCUACGAGCAGAGUGAUCAGAAUGGCGACUACAAGGAAGAGGCCAAGAAGUCCAGACCUGGCCUUCUCAAGAAGGUGGCCGCAAAGAUCAACCUGGAUCUCCCUACGUUCUUGAUGAUGCUCAAAGGAGGAGCGUCGCCAGCGAUUGCACUUGCAGCCUACCAGAGCGAUGGCUGGGCGGAAACAUAUUCGACCCUGGGAUAUCUGGUCGCGAUCCUCUCGGUCUUGUCCUUGCCGAUACUCCCUCGGGGUAAAUUCAUCCAGUCCAUGAUGACAGCGUUGUUCACCCUGUGUCUUGCAGCUGCAAUGGCACUUCUGUCAAUUCAGUGCGCAGUAGCUGCUCGACAAGGUGCUCAACCCACGCAGUACAGUGCAGCUGCUAAUGUCACCGCAUGCGUUUGGUUGUUUUUCAAUCUGUAUGUUGCGAACGCUGUUCGGGCACUUCGACCUCAACUCUUCCUUGUGUCUAUUCAGUACCUCAUUUUCAUCAUUGUCGCCUCCACAUAUGCUGCAACAUUUCCCAACAUGGCCGCAGGGAUGAAAUUCGUCAACACUCUGCUUAAGACCUUUCUAACCGGAUAUGCCCUUUCCACAGGAGUGUCAUUGUUUCUCCUCCCAAUCUCUUCCAGAAAGAUAUCAUACAAGCUGAUGACGGGGGUGUUAAAUCUUAUGAAGGAGUGCUUGAACACGCAGGCAGCCUACGUACAUGCCAUUGCUACAUCUCAGGAGGGCAACGACGGCUGUCAAGACGAACAUGAUAAACUGAGACCCGCAUGGGACAAGCCUGAGGCUGAAGUGUCCAUGAAACAGGCCGAGGACGCCGCGAAGAUGAUGAAAUCAAAACUUCAACAAGCAUCGCAGCUGUUUGGUCAGCUCAAAAUUGAAAUUGGAUUUGCAAAGAAAGAAAUCGGCUGGGGAAAACUGCGAGCCGGGGAUUUCACCAAAAUAUGGGGCCUUUUGCAGAGUAUUUUUCUUCCGAUUACCGGCCUAUCGACCUUUGUCGAUAUUCUGGAAUCCGUCAAAAACCAAAAGGCUCAGGGAACAGACCUAAUAUCUAACGUGGAUAUGGUUGAAGCUAUUAGACGCCUUGAGGCGGACGAGUGGCGCGAAAUCAUUGUCCUGUCUCGCGGGUCAUUUCAGAAUGUCAGGGCCAGUCUGAUCGACGGCUUGGCCCAUAUUUGCUAUGUCCUGGAGCUUAGACCACGACCAAAGGCGACCAGCAAGGAUCCCGAAAUGAUGGCCGGGGCACCACCUGCACCAGGUGAUCCUAAGUUUGGAGAGCACCUGGAAGCCCAGAUCAAGCUGUUUGAAGUACGCCGCCAGGAUACUAUGCGGCGAUGGUGCGAAAAGAAAAAGAUCAACGUUCCUGCGAAGUUCUGGGACGAUCCGAUGGCCCAAUACAACUUCACAGACUCGGAUUCUCUCGACGACACUGUCCGCCAGAAACAUAACCAUCAACAAUUGUACCUGAUGCUCUAUCUCGACUACCUCCUAUAUUCAAUCUGCCUCUCGGUUCUGAAUAUGGUUCAUUUCGCCGAUUCCAAAGUCCAGGAUGGGACCAUGAAAAAGAACAGACUCAUCUUCCCAGGAUGGAGGCGUAUCAGGAAGUUGAUGCAGAGUGGGUUUAUGCAAGCCGAUUCGGACCAGGGAGUUCCAGACGGGGAGGCUACGGGUAUCAUUAUCUCGCUUGGGGCGUCGCUAUCCAAAAAGAAGGAUCCAGAACAUCUUCCUCCAACAACCUGGUAUCAACGUGCUACCGGCCAUCUGAAUCUGGUCCCGAAAUUCCUGGGCUCUCCUGAGUCUGCCUUUGGAUUUCGGGUGGCCGUCGCCAGCAUCAGUGUGGCAAUCAUUGGGUUCAUCCACCAGACUAGUCACUUCUACCUGGCUCAACGGGGCAUCUGGGCGGUCAUCAUGGUCGCCAUCUCGAUGGGUCCCACGGCCGGAGUAGGUGUGAGCGGGUUCAUUGGCAGAGUGCUGGGUACCGCUGUGGCAACUGCAGUCUCAAUCGCGAUUUGGUACAUGUCGGACCAGAAGCCUGCGGCCAUCAUUCCGUUGUCAUACGUCUAUUUCGUCUGCUGCUAUUACAUUGUAUUCAAGAAGCCCAAACAUAUCAUCACCGCGGUCAUCUCUGCAGUGACGGUGAUUCUGAUUGUUGGAUAUGAGCUGCAAGACCGCAAGAUCGGCACCAAACUCCUAACGUCCAACGGGCAGGAAUACUAUCGCAUCUAUUUGUUGGCGCCCUACCGGUUGGCUUCGGUGGUGGCCGGCAUUGUGGUCGCGUUCAUCUGGACGUAUUUCCCCUAUCCGAUAACUACGCACGCGACGCUGCGCAAAGAUCUCGGAGCCACGCUGUACCUGAUGGCGAACUAUUACUCCAUCACCCACUCGACGGUGGAGACGAAACUGCGGCACGGCUCGCUCGCCCGCCAGAACGACAAGUCGUGUCCGAUGAGGAAGCUGGACAAGGCUCGAGAAAAAGUCUAUGAGAAGAUCAUGGUCAUGAUGAACCGGCUGCGCGAGCACUCGGCAUUCACGGUCUACGAACCGACCUUUGGCGGCAAAUUCCCCAAGCAGGCGUACGACGAGCUCAUUGGCCACAUGCAAAAGCUGUUCAACUACAUGGCCUUGACCUCGUGGUCGUCGCAGGCCUUCAACUCCAGCCCGGACGGCCAGGAGAGCGAGUGGCUGCGCGACUUCCGGCGCCUGACGGCCCAGUCGCACAUCACGAGCGACGAGCUCACCUCGACGCUGUACCUGCUGUCGUCGAGCAUGUCGAACGUCCAGCCGCUCCCGCCGUACAUCCGUCUGCCGGCCCCCUUCGACAUUGCCGAGCAGCUUUCCGCGGUCGACCCGGCCAUCCUCAGCACCAAGCACAUCGAUGAACCGUGCUACGCCGCUUUCGCCGUGCUGGAGAUUGCCGGCAUCCUCAUCAUGCAGGAGACCGCACACGUGCUGGCCAAGAUCAAGGAGUUGGUGGGAGAGGUCGACUUUUCCGUCCACUUGAUCGACACCAAGUCGAACUCCGCCGUGAAUUCCACCGACAAGCUGAGUCCUGGCCCAAAAGGCAAGGCUGACUGA